CUCUCUGACCCCGCUUGCCUUUGUCUGUAAAUCUCACUUGCUUCUUCGCAACACACCAUAACUCCGUAUCUCAUCUCAUCAUGCAGAAAGCCCUCGUGAUCACUGCACCCGGCAGUCGCGACGUGAUGGAACGUCCGAUCCCUACUGUGCCCGACGACUGCCUUCUUGUCAAAACAGCUAGUGUUGCUCUAAACCCUACCGACUGGAAAAGUGCCGACCGGAAACCUCCAGGACAAGUCAUUGGGAAUGAUUACUCCGGUGUCGUCGAAGAGGUCGGCAAGGGCGUCAAGAAAGCCUUUCGCAAGGGCGACCGUGUUUGCGGUUGGGUUCAAGGAUGCAAUUCCAACAACCCGGAGAGUGGCGCCUUUGCCGAAUACUGUAUCCCGAAGGCCGACCUUCAGAUCGCCAUCCCCGACCGUCUCAGCUUUGAAGAAGCUUCAACCCUCGGCUUGGGGACAAUUACCGUGGGCCAGGGCCUGUAUCAGAGUCUGAAGCUCGCACCACCAGACGCCCCACUAGCACAGCCUGAGCUGAUUCUCAUCUACGGUGGCUCCACAGCCACCGGUACCUUGGCCAUUCAGUAUGCCAAGUUGUCGGGGUACACUGUGUUGACGACAUGUUCCGCGCAGAACUUCGAUCUUGUAAAGAGUCUGGGCGCAGAUGCAGUGUUCGAUUAUAAAGAUGCGAAUGCAGUCCAGGCCGUCAAAGAAUACGCACAGGACAAUCUGAAGCUGGUAUUCGACACUGUUGCUGUUGAGUCUAGCGCUAAGUUCUGUGGCGAAGUGAUCUCUAGCAAGGGCGGAGAUUAUUCUGCCUUGCUGAAGGUGAACGUUCCCCGUGAUGAUGUCCGCAGUCUUUUCACCAUAGGAUACACUGCUUUUGGUGAGGAUUUUGAUUUUGGUGGUGGCAUCAUUCCUGCCAAGCCGGAGGAUCGAGAGUUUGCGGGACAAUUCAUGAGCAAGGCAGCCACUUUCCUUGCAGAGGGAAAGGUUAAGCCUCAUCCUGUCAAGCUGGGGCCACGGGGGCUUCAGGGAGUAUUGGAGGGUCUGCAGGAUAUGAAGGAUGGCAAGGUCAGUGGAAAGAAGCUGGUGUACAACGUGGCCGACACACCAUGAAUCAACGGGUCUGGAUGUUACUGAGGAGACUGUGGUCAAAUGUGGAGGAAGUCUUGUACCUGAGCGGCAAAAAAGCUAUCUAACAGCACCUGGUAAGAUUGUGCGUCCAGCAUGGUGGUUUUGACAGGAUAGAACAUCAUGAAAUGACAUUUAUUGUUGA